UGUAUGCGUUCGGUGCUUCCUCACUGUAUCUGACAGUCUGUACUACUGCCCUUCCCUGUUCCCAGCGGGAGGGACAUGAGUGUCCCUGGGCCGCCUUCCCUGGACGGGGUCCUGGCAGGGCCACCCGACGGCCUGGAGGCCGGCGGCCCGACGCCGGGUCUUCGUUGCUGCGUGCGGGCUUUCUCUAGUUGCGGUUUAAGUGACACUUCUCCAGAUGAAGGGUUAAUAGAGGACUUGACCAUAGAAGACAAAGCUGUGGAGCAACUGGCAGAAGGCUUGCUUUCUCACUACUUGCCAGAUCUGCAGAGAUCAAAACAAGCUCUCCAGGAACUCACACAGAACCAAGUUGUAUUAUUAGACACACUGGAACAAGAGAUUUCAAAAUUUAAAGAAUGUCAUUCUAUGUUGGAUAUUAAUGCUUUGUUCACUGAAGCUAAACACUAUCAUGCCAAGUUGGUGAAUAUAAGAAAGGAGAUGCUGAUGCUUCAUGAAAAGACAUCAAAGUUAAAAAAAAGAGCACUUAAACUGCAGCAGAAGAGGCAAAAAGAAGAGUUGGAAAGGGAGCAGCAACGAGAGAAGGAAUUUGAAAGAGAAAAGCAGUUAACUGCCAAACCAGCUAAAAGGACGUGAGAAGUUGGAUGUUUGUGUCCUUCCUUCCCCUGUUCAUGUUCUGGAUUUAAGAUGACCCAGUGUAGACUGAAGUUAAGGUAGUGCCUUAUACCAUUGUGUUAUGUUUUGAAAUCCUUUUCCCACGAGUGCUGUCUCUCUAUCUUCAUUUCAUCCAUUCAAGAAGCUUUUUUUCCUAAGUAGAAGACAUAAUAUCACUUGGUCUGGAUAUUUUAUAUGUAAUUUUUCAACUUUGUUUUGCUUUUUAAAAUUCAUUAUUUUGGCCUUAAGUCAUUUAUAAACUGGAAAAUCGUUUGUUUUAAUAGUCUAGACUAUAAGUGGUUAAAAAUUAAUAUGAAUUGUUUAGCUUCUUAAUAAGUGUGGAUUUAAAAGUUUCAGUUUCUUAUUUUAUGAAAUGAAUUGCCUUUCUGGCAAUACAGCGCUGGGUUUUGGUAGUUACCUUUUCAUUGUUUGGUUAAGAAGAAUUGCCAGCUGUUUAAUCACAUAUGCCACUGGAAAAGAGGUGGUAUAAGCCUUUGUGAAGAAUAUGAUAGAAAAGUGUGUACACAGGAAAUAGUAGCAUCUUAGACAUAGGAUAGGUGAGCAAGAUGCCAUGUAGAUUCCACUAACCAUAUACUAUAUCUACUUCCUAGCUUUGUUGUUGCUGUUUUUUCCUUAUGCUGCUUCUGGGCUCAAAGUAGAUUAUAUCUAUUCCUAAAGUUUGGUGGGGGUGGUGUAGCUUUCACACACUGAAAUGUGUUUAAAUAUUUAUAAUUCUUAGUAACAGUCAUCACACACUGUGAGAUACAAUUGUCAAGCUGAUAAGAUAAUGAACCCAACUUUCCAAGUGGAAAGUCCUACUGCUAGUUCUAGCUAUCCUCUGAUUUGCUGUGUGGUCUUACAUGUGGUUACUUUUUCUGUGCUUUUAAAAAAAAUUCUUAAAGUAGAAUGAUACAUACCAACUACCCAUUUUAUAGAUAAUGACAAGAAUGGUGGAAAAUUAGUAAAUAGCUUCUUCACAAAAGAGGCAGCAUGAUACCUUUAGUGUUUUGUAGAUCCCCACUCCCCCAGUGUUACAUGUAGAAAUUUAUUAUGUGAGGGAAAUAUUAUAAAGUUUCAUUGUUUUAAAUUGAGAGUGUAUUAUUCACUGUUUUAGUAUUAUUUAAUAUCCAUGAUGUCCAAUCUCUAUUGCAUAGAGACUGUACAGAUUAGAUUACAGAUAUGAUUAGAAUGUGUAUCUUUUAUAAUCUAUGUUACAUUUGGUAAGCUGGAAUCACUCACUACCUCUGAUCACAUAUCAGGCUAACCAAUGAUGGAGAAGGCAUUAGAUUUACGUCGAGUGCUAAGAACUGGUCUGUUUAAAGGUUUAAAAAAUUUGUUUGAAAACCUUUCCCUUCUUUAGUGAGUGAAUUAUGAUCUCACAGUUCUCUUGGUUUUGACCUUAUGUUUAAGAGUAUAAAUAUAUUUUAUUUUUAAAGGCUAUGUGUUGCCCUCAAACACUGGCUAAAACUCCUAGGGCAGGAUCAUUAGCACUGGCAGGGCAGUGUCACCUAAACUGCUGAAUGUACUCAUUUAUAACCUGACAAAGGCUGUGCAUUGUUUCUUAGAGUGAUUUGUGGUGGCCAACCGCAAUGAUUGUUUAAAAUGCUGGUUCCUGGACACCACUCUGAAUCUACUGAAGCAAAUCUGUUUGUUUUUCUCUUUUUUUCCUUUUUAAAAAGUUUCCUCAAGUGAUUCUCAUGUACCUUUUAAGUUGAGAACUGCUGGUCUAGUGAUCUAGGUCAGAGGUUUCCACACUGGGCUGCAUAUUAGCACCUGGAAACU